UUCCACAGCUUCUGUUUUGAUGCUGAUCACUAACAGGACUCAGUUCUGACUGGUCGGUGUCAGCUGUACGGGCCGAACACCGAUGAGACAUGGAAACUGUGUUUGGACUGUUGCUGAUGCUGCUUGGAGUCUCUCAUGGUGUGGAAAUCUACUGUGACGGCAGACAGGAUGCAGCUCAGUGUUAUGGAGCUUUGGGAGGAACUGUGGUCCUCCGGCUGAUGGACAGCGCCUCAGAAAUAACUAAAUACCGAUGGAAAUUCAACACAACAGUAAUACUCAACGGGAAAACGAAUAGGAUUGACUCUAAUCUGAUAGCAAACAGAUCCAUCUUUACUCCCAGUAAAGGAACAUUUAGGAUCAAUGACCUGAGCAGGACUGAUGGUGGUGUAUAUACCCUAGAAACAUUUGAUUCCAGUGGAAAGAGUUUAGAGCCUCGGACUCUACAGUUGUUCAUUCAAGCUCCUGUGUCCUCUGUCCGGCUGGUCACUGAGUGUCUGUCCCAGGGAGAGAUGAGGGCGUCCUGCUCCUCUGAGGGAGGGGACAGUCCUCAGUACAGCUGGACUCUGGGUGGACGCACACUGACACACACUGAGCUCCUCUCUGGAAAUCAUGAGACUAACAACAUCACUCUGAAACAACACGUCUCAGGACGUCUGGUCUGCUCAGUCAAGAAUAAUGUCAGCCAUGUCUCCAAAGAGGAGAUGAUAUCUAACUGUGGCUUCAUCUUCAUAAACUGUACAUUAUGUGACGGGACACACAUAUCACAGUGGGUGUUUGCAGCCAAUAACACACUGUGUAUUGAGUCGACAACAGUCCCUACCACGGUCAGAGACACUACUGUGGAUAACUCCCUGCUCAUAUGUGCUUUGAGAGCAUCUGUGGCAAUUCUUUCAAUAAUCGGGAUCACUGUCUAUUUUAUUUGGAAGAAAAAGAAAUUGGGGAAAUCUGAGGGCUCUGCCAUCCCACCAACGCCAGAAUAUCCGGACAACUCUGUUUUGAUGGUUGAAAUGAGAAAUUCCACAUAUGAACUUUAACUUUCUGAAAUGAACAGUUUAGUGUCGUCUCUCUUGCUGUGUCGGCUCAUGUCUUUGUGGGUGUGAAAUAAUCAUUGAGAGUAAAAAUUCUCUGUGUUUUCAUUCUCUACUAACCUACAUCUGACUGUUGUGUUGAUAGUUUAGCAGCUCACUGUGACUGCUUUUCCAUUUUCACUGCACCACUGCCUUUGGAGAGUGAUAAAACAUCCAGAGGUCCACAGCUGCAGCUGUGAUCACAGAGCAGAGAAAACAUUAGAGGUAAAUGUACAGUUGAUCUAUACAAAACGUUUUCUUUCAUUUCUGCUGAAUUAAAUGACAGUACAUAAAAAUUAAAACAAUUAAUAGUAAGUGUGAAUGGUAUCAGCUGAUGUAAAAACCUGUUUGUCCUGAAGCAAAAUGUGACACUGUAAAAAGAACUUAAAGCAUCACGUUAGCAGUGAAACUCAUUUUGAUGCCAGUUGAAAAUGAUUGAUUUCCAUAUCACUUUUCCAUUUCAUCACUGUACAGUGAAAACAAUGUAUAUACAGACUUGGUGAUUUCGAUUUUUUCAGUUAAACUGAAGGAUUAAAUGUUGCUCGAUGGGUUGAGAACAUGACUCUUUCACUUCUUCAUGUAAAUCAACCGUUUUGCGACACAGUGGAUUAUCUGAAAAAGGAACUGUCACUAAACACAAAUAGCAGAAUUUACUUAUAAAAGAAAAGUUGAUCUUUUGGAAAUAGGCGGUUUUCUCGUGCGUACAGGUGCUUGGCUUAGUGAUUUUGCAUCAAAAUAUGUUUUUUAAGAUUGUGUAUUACAGCCCAAACUUUUUUUUUUUUUACACCAUCAUAAAUUACAGGUAUAGUCACACAUAUGCUUAAAGUACAUAACUCAGAAAUGAUGGAGUUAUGUAGAUAACAAUUUUGUGUAUUUCUCCCACGUUUUCAAACAUUAAUUGUAUAAAACCGUUUAAAGCAUUAAAAAGCAAGCUUUUUAAUUUUGUUGUGUA